AUGAGCGGAGAAGAUGCAUUCGGGGAGCCGCGGGAGGAUCUGUGGAAGCCAACCGAUGGCGGAACGAUCAAGGCUCAUCGACACAUUCGUAUCGACUGGAAUGCGUCGAUCAAGAAGACAGUUGCCAUUGGACCAUCGGCACCUGAAGCAUUGCCACCGAUCUACGAUCGACCGGAAGCACAAGACGAAGCGGCCACUGCGGCGUCGUGUGUGCUCAAGACCAAGGCAAGUCCCAUCAAUGCCACUGUGCACAUUGCGCACGAAUCGCACUCGCCAUCUUCACCCUCGGCUGGUCAGCCGGUGCUGGUGAGCGCCAAGACCGGAGGUGUGGGUUUGAUAUCGCUGGGUAUACCCGAGUACUCGGGCUCGCGACCGUUGCACAUCGUCGCCAAAACCAGCAGUGGCAACAUCACCAUCCUCCUCCCAACCUCCUUCUCCGGCAACCUCACGUGGUCGUCCGAACGAGGCUCGCUCAAACUGUCACAUGCCGUCCAGCAACGUUUCCGACUCGAGGGUCCUCGGCACAAGCACAUCGGUACAGCCAAGAUCGCACCCAGCACGGCCUCGGGCAACCGCGCGGACUCGUGCACCCUCACCAGCCACAACGGCACCAUCACCGUCAAAGAAUACGGCGAAGAGUCGGAUGCCAAAGCAUGUACAAUCCAAUGA